AUGAUCUGUGUUACUAGUAAUAGACGAGGAAAUCCUUAUGUUAUGUAUAUAAGUAACCUAUAUUUCUGCUUAAUUUCUACAGAUGAAACAAAAAAAAAGAUGAAAACUGAAGAUAAUGUUUCUAUGGUGACUCAAUUUGUACUCGUGGGAUUUUCUGAUCUUCCAAACCUACAAGGGUUACUAUUUGGGUUCUUCUUCAUCACAUACAUGAUUAUCUUAAUUGGCAAUAGCCUCAUCAUAAUACUAACUAGGCUUGACACUGCACUACAAAAACCCAUGUAUUUUUUCCUGGCAAAUUUCUCUUCUUUGGAAAUCUUCUUUGUGUCUGUGACUAUGCCUAGGAUUCUGAAGAAUUUAUGGACUCAGGACAGAAGCAUUUCUAAGAUAGAAUGUGCUACCCAAGUAUGCUUCUUGCAUAUGCUGGGAACUAGUGAAUGUUUCUUCUUGGCUGUAAUGGCCUAUGACCGCUACGUGGCCAUCUGUAACCCACUGCACUAUCCCCUAGUUAUGAACCACAAGAUGUGUGUGCAGAUGGCUGCUGCUGCAUGGCUUAUUGGAAUUCCAGUUCAGAUUGGGCAAAUAUGUCAGGUGUUCUCACUGCCUUUCUGUGGUUCCAAUGAAAUCAACCACUUCUUUUGUGACAUCCCCCCGCUAUUCAAGCUGGCCUGUGGGGACACUUUCGUUAAUGAGAUGUGUGUCUAUGUAGUUGCUGUAUUAUUUGCCAUGAUCCCUUUUCUACUGAUCCUUGGUUCAUAUGUCAAAAUAAUUUCCAUGAUUCUCAAGUUGCCCUCAGCCACUGGUAGGUCCAAAGCUUUCUCCACCUGUUCUUCCCAUCUCAUAGUUGUGCUUUUGUUCUUUGGCUCUGUCUCUAUCUCUUAUUUAAGGCCAAAAUCAACUCAUACUGCAGGGACUGAUAAACUUUUGUCUCUUCUAUAUAGCACUGUGACCCCGAUGCUUAACCCCAUGAUCUAUAGCUUCAGAAAUAAAGAUGUGAUUGCAGCACUGAAGAAAUUAUUUCUCAAAAAAGCAGUAUGAGAUUUUGGAAGUAUCCUUGGCAUGAUGACUCACAAACAGUUCAUACAUACUAGAAAUGUUUUAUGA